AUUUACUUGGAGUCAGCGCAGUGGUACUGAAUGGGGACUUUGGCAAACGCAAGGAGGACCAUGCGGUGUAUAUGCACCAGUGCAGGCCUUCAUUGUCAAGCUCCUGCUUUUCGGCUCUGGUGACCGAGAGAAUCCAGAGCCAGAUGCUCGACGGAAGGAGAAGCCGCUGGGCACCGGAGCAGAUGACGAGGAUGAUCGAGGAUCUGUUCUUGCUCACGCCUUGGCGUCUAUUCUCUUCCACUCGACGGCGAGCUCUUCCUACGUUAUUUGUCAGGUGCGUUAUGCUGCUGAGGGUGAUUCUCCUGAGGCGCAGGCAGUGCAGCAGGCAGCGCCUGCUGCCAUUGCUGCAGGUGAGGGCUCCAGCGUUUUGGCUGUUUCUGCUCGGCACCUCACGCGGAUUGCGGAGGCACGACAAGUGCUUGAAGAAGGUGCGGACAGCUGGCUUGCUGGACCUUUGGGAGUUCUAAGCUUCCUUUUCUCUGUGCUCAGUAGCCGAACAGUCUCAGCUGUUAGAGAAGAUAUGGAUGAUUCCACCACUCCGUUGAUUGGACGAUUUGGCCAUUGCAGCCAGGAGCUGGUAAAUCUCAUGCUCAUUGGUGAAGCCACAUCGAAUGUCUUUGAUGGGACUCGCUGGCUGGGCGACGACCCUUCUAGUGGUUUCCGCGUGAGGGGCGUCGACAGCGAACGCGUCGGUGUGCCACAAGUUGGCCUCCUGAGCGAAUUGGAGACCUACAGAUAUCUUUCAGUUGGGAUGCUUUACAAGAAUCCAGAUUUCCCGAUUUGGGUGCUGGCUUCUCCCACUCACUACACCAUGAUAUUCUCCACCCAGAGGGCCGACUCUCAGUUGAGUGAGGAGGCCAAGUUGGAUCAACAAGUCAAAAAGGUUUUUGUUGAGAAUUCGAUCGACGAGGGCGGCCUUGCAAUGUCCGCAAACCUGAGUAAGAUGCUUGGGGCUCUGGGCAUUGACGGCAAGAAGCUGCAAGAGGCGCAACAAGAUAUUGUACGGGAGGAUGUGAUCCUGUGGGAAGACUUCCGACUGUGGGUUGGUAAGCAGUUCAAUGUGGCUGCUGCUGACACAAAGUCUGGAAAGAUUCAGCUCUUCCUAUACGAUGGGCAGGAUCCUCCAGGGCCAACCUUGAAGUCCGUGCGGGUGGAGCUUAGCGACAUCGACCCUGCCUUAGCUUCUGGGGGCUCAGAGGGUGAUGCCUUUGUGGCAACGCUACAUACGCGAUGGCCCGAUGCCGCUGUCCUUGUGGAGGGGUUUCAUUGACAGUCUUGCCGGGCUUUACCAUUUACCUCAAUGAAGCUGAGUUGGUGUGACGGGCUUUGCGUUGACAGACACACUCGGUCUGAGUGGCUCUGGGAAUAUUCUUCACGAGCGAAGUGCUGCUAUGUUCAUACAUGCGGGUGGAUGCCAAACAGAACAGCUGACCAACAGCUGCGUGGCGUUUCUUUCAGAGUGCCUAGACUCUCUGCAAAAAGAGCACAUGAAGACAUGAAGAGCACAGUUCGUGCAGCAUGCAACACGGAAAGUGCAUUUGACACUUUUCUGUCGGAAAAUCUAAAGAGG